ACCGAAAGAACAGUGAGUAGUUCAUUGGUCAAACUUGAAACCAGAGGGAAAAAGUAAGUCUCCAAUGGCGGGGGAAUCUGAAGCUGCUCGCCAUCCUUACAUUCCCACAGAUCUGAAACUCCCUGAAUAUGUUCCUAUUUCACUCCCCGUUUCUACUAUUCUCAGCGUUUAUCUCCUCUCUUCUCUCUUCGUCACUUUCCUCGUCUGGACUCUUUCCGGACGACUUACCAAAAGGGCAAAGAUUGAGAGGUUGCUCAUGUGCUGGUGGAUAUUUACUGGACUUACCCACAUGGUUCUCGAGGGUUACUUUGUUUUCUCUCCAGAAUUUUACAAGGACAAAACUUCUUUCUACCUUGCGGAAGUUUGGAAAGAAUACAGCAAGGGAGAUUCUCGAUAUGCAGCUAGGGAGUCCGGAAUCGUCAGUAUCGAAGGACUAACUUCUGUUUUAGAGGGUCCAGCUUGCAUCUUAGCAGCGUAUGCGAUAGCUACAGAAAAGUCAUACAGUUACAUACUACAGUUUGCCAUAUCAUUGGGGCAGCUAUAUGGGACUUUUGUGUACUACAUAACUGCCCUGUUAGAUGGUGAUAACUUUUCUUCAGGCCCAAUUUAUUACUAUUCAUACUUCGUAGUGGCAAAUUCGUUCUGGAUUCUUAUUCCCUCGCUUAUUGCUACGCGGUGUUGGAAGAAAAUUUGUAUUGCAAUGAGCACUGAAAGCCACAUGAAAACCAAAGUCCCCUAAGAAGUUCUCACCCAUUGAUAUCCUUUUGGAUUCAAGUAAAAUUGAUUAAGUAGUACACAAAAUUCUUCUUGUAUUGUUGCGUGACAUUAGUAAACAAGACGUUCCUAGAAUUUGAACAUUUACAUGAAAAUUGGGUAUGUUGAUUCUGCAUUUUCGAUCUUUAGAGAAGAAGGUUAUGAUAAUUAUUGGUGAGCUAAACCCACUUUAAUGGGUGUCAAUUGAAUUAACGUUUGAAUAUCUGAAUUUGUUAUAGUUCAUGUCA